AUGGUGGAGAAAGGAUUGAAGAAAAUUGGAGACAUGCAGUUUUUGGACACAUUGCACGUAAAAGCUGAUACAUAUUUAGGGGUUCAUCAGCCUUCAUUUUCUACACUAUUUCGGUUUUCACAAGGCGAGCUCAGAGUGGGAUUCUACUCUCGAACAUGUCCCCAAGCCGAAUCCAUUGUCAGCUCUGUUGUUAGAGAAGCUACCCUCUCUAACCCCAGGACCCCUGCACUAUUGCUUAGGAUGCAGUUCCAUGACUGCAUGGUUGAGGGCUGUGACGGAUCGAUUCUGAUUGAUAAUGGGAACGCAGGCGAGAGAAUGGCAACUGGUAACCAAGGUCUUGGUGGUUUUGAUGUGAUAGAUAAAGCCAAGGCAAUGCUCGAAAGGGUUUGCAAAGGAGUGGUUUCUUGCUCAGACAUAGUGGCUUUGGCUGCCAGAGAUGCUGUGUUCUUGAGAAAUGGGCCAUUUUAUCAGGUGCCAACCGGCCGGAGAGAUGGCCGGGUCUCAGAUAUAUCCCAUGCUGCCAACAUCCCAGAAGCCGGUGAUUCCAUCCAACUUCUCAAAUCAAAGUUCAGGCAAAAGGGUCUUUCAGAUAGAGACCUUGUUCUUCUCAGUGCUGCGCACACCAUUGGGACAACUGCAUGCUUCUUCAUAGAGACGAGACUCUACAACUUCACCCGAGGCGGUGGCUCGGAUCCUGCAAUCGACCCUGACUUCCUCCCAAAACUAAAGGCCAAGUGCCCGUUUCGGGGAGAUAUCAAUGUCCGACUACCACUUGAUCCGGUGACUGAAGAAACGUUUGAUGUUCAGAUAUUGAGGAAUAUCAGGGAUGGAUUAGCAGUGAUAGAGAGUGAUGCUAGGCUUUACGAUGACAGAGCAACCAAGCGGGUGGUGGACUCCUACAUUGGGCAGCGCGGGAGUUCUGCAUUUGGGCAGGACUUUGCAGAGGCAAUGGUGAAGAUGGGUAACAUUGGAGUGAAGACGGGUUCACAAGGAGAGAUCCGACGUAUUUGCACAGCUGUUAAUGGAGUCCCUUUGUAG